CUCAGGUCGCGACGGGUGUUCAGUUUACAGGCGACAGCCGUACCGUACGGUUCGUUCGCGUGCCGUCUCGCGCUCUAUCUUCCAUACGAUCGUUCUCCUAAUCGGUCAAAGUUUUUUAAUCGAUCUGACAGUGUACUCGCGUUUAUCAGUAGCGUGUCAAUUUUACAGAAAAAUUACACCGAACGAUAAGCAAGUUUUUAAUGAACGAGUAAACAAAUUAUGAUUACAUGUUGUAUCAAUGGUCGAGUUAAUCGCGUGUGACUCACGAACACAACGCAAGUUGUAAGUGCGUUUAUCCUCUACGGUAUACAAAUAUAACCCUGACAGCGUACGUACAUACACAAAGUUGUCGUGUUUGAACUCACUUACCAACGGACGUUGCUCCUUACGUGACAUAAACAAACGAAGACUCAGGGGGGGCGUCUUUGGAGUAGUAGAACUCUGUCGGCGACUUCACGGCGCAAACAAUCCUCCAACCCGUUUCGCUGCUGCCGGUCAUCGUAUCGGUGAACGGUAACAAACUGAGACCACGAUUAAAGGAUUUUAAUCCGUCGUUCGAGUGAGUGAGAGUGAGGAAAGUGUGUAAACAGGGAGAAAAAGUGAUAAGAGAGAAGCCUUUCUACCUACCCACUUUUUUUUCUUUUUUAACGACCAAGAUAUCUCGUUAAGAUUUUUCUGCCACUUGUACACCACUGGUCGAGGAGCUCGCCGACUAUUAAAACUGGCAGCAACUUCAAGGCACUUCGUACACCAAGUGAUGUAUUGAGAGAACACUAGAGGUCGAAGAUGAAGACAGUAAUCGCUUCGUGUUUCCUCCUGUUUGUCAGCGGUGUCUUCUGUGUGGAAUGGAAACACAGCGCCGUGCUGGACGAUAAUUUCCUGGUCCUUUGGACACCUGGCGAGAGGGAUAUUAUAUUCGAGGUUCAAGUGAAAACACUGGGCUACGUGGGACUCGGUUUCACCAAGGACGAUGGAAAAUUCGGAGCUGACAUGGUCAUCGGCUGGGUCGACAACAAUGGACAGCUACAUCUUCAGGAUCGUCACGUAAAGGAGACCAGCAAAAAUCCGCAGAUGGACUUGAGCCAAGAUUAUUGCCUGCUACUGGGUUUCGAGAACAAGACGCACACGGUUCUUCGUUUCAGCAGGCGAUACGAUACGUGCGACUCACGGGACCUGAAGAUCACGAACGACACGGUGCAAGUGGUUUGGCAAUAUCACAUGGAGGAACCAGUGUCAGCGGCCGGUGUUCUGCCGGACGAAGGAACCGUGCAUCGUGGAUCCAGGCCGCUUUAUCUGGUGCAAAGGGACGCGGAACCGAGGCCCAGCUCGCGCAACCAAGAAGCUGAACCGCCUCUUCAAACGUGGGACAUAUUGAACCAGCAGGUACGUUUACCAGAGAAACAGGACACGUUGCUUUGGUGUCGCGUUCUCCAGAUGCCAAACAUUGAUCAGAAGCAUCACGUCGUGAAGUACGAGCCGGUGAUACAACCCGGAAGUCAGAAGUACCUGCAUCACAUGACUUUGUACGAGUGUCGCGGGGAUCAGGCGCAAUUGGAAUCCGCCUCGAAGUCGUCCGGCAGCGUUUGCUAUCAGUCCAAUCAGCCGUCCCUUCAGUGCACCACAAUCGCGGCUAUCUGGAGUCUCGGUUCCGAGGGCUUCAAUUACCCGCCGGAGGCUGGUUACGCACUCGACCCACGCUCGGGUCCUCAUUUCUACAUGCUGGAAACGUUGUACACGAAUUCGCAGAUGGACACGUUCAUCAGCGACAGUUCCGGCUUGCGUUUGCAUUAUACGGAUCGGUUGCGUACCCACGACGCAGGUAUCCUUAGCGUCGGCAUCGACCCGAACUGGAGGCACAUCAUACCACCCGGGCAGCCUGAAGUGGUCUCCGAAGGUCAUUGCAUCUCCGACUGUACCGGACAGACCAUUCCCAACAACGGCAUCAACAUAUUCGCCGUCAUCAUGCAUACUCAUCAACUCGGCAGGAAGGUCCGAUUGCGUCAGAUAAGGUCCGGCGAGGAACUGCCACCCAUUGCAUCUGACACCAAUUACAAUCCUAGUUAUCAGGAGUAUCGGAAGCUGCAGAAGCCCGUCAGGGUCUAUCCGGGCGAUCAUCUGGUAGCGGAGUGCACAUACUCGUCCGAGUCUCGUGAAGCAAUCACGCUCGGUGGUCUAACCACCAGGGAAGAAACAUGCUUGGUGUCCACUCUUUAUUAUCCACGCAUCGAACUGUCAGUCUGCUACUCUCUGCCCUCGUUGCCAACGGUUCUACAAAGUUUAGGAGUCCAAAAGCUGAUACAGGGUUCCAGCCCAGUGGAAAUUCAAGAACCGGCCGAGCUGAGCGGUAUGACGUUGGAGGAGCGUCUAGUGAGCUACGACUGGAAGACCAGUUUCAAGAGUUUCCAAGACGCUACUCGAACAGGUACGUUCAAACCGCUUUGUUGGACCAGCGAGGGAGCGUUGCAGGGCACUGACAUCCUGGAGGUCCGUUAUCCGAGGAUCCUGAGGCCGUACAAAGAGGUCACUUUGCCUUGCCUGAAGAAACCGUCGAGGAACAAGUUGUCGAUGUUGCUGGGCGAGGACGAAGACAUUGGCACACCGGUCGAUCCUGACAGUGACGAGACGAACGCGGUGGAACGCGGACAAUUGGUGCGUAGCAAAGUGUCCCGCAGCAGUGACGGACCAACCGGCGGAAGUUCCUCGACCAGAUCGCCAGCGGUGCUUCUGAUUCUUGGGAUACUGCUGGCAAUAGUCGGCGGCGCGUUCAGGUGAACGCUGGCUGGUCGUUAGGAGGCCGAUCGAUCUGUCGAUCGAUCGAUUCCAGUUAUCUAGGACGGCCGAUUUAUCCUGUUGUUGGUCGCGCUGGAUCCGGGGAGCAGACGCAUGUAAGUACAUACUUGUCCCGUGUGUACCCUAUGACGCGUCACUUAGGCUAAAUAACAAUCGUCGUAUUUUCAUUGAUCGUUGAGAGAGGACAGAAAUAGAUGCCGGACUUCCGUUCAGUUACCGAACGAUCGUUGUGCAAUUUUUAACCGCCGUAUUAUCGACGGGUGAUGGGUGGAACGCGAGCGUCCUGGGAGAGAGACAUAUUUUUGAUGGGUUGCGUAGAACGAAUGAAACUCUCAGGCGACGAUGGGUCGCGCAGAGAACUGCCAAAUAUAUUUUCUCGAUAAGGAGCGUCCAUUCGAGGGAAUUCGGAUCUACGCUGUCCUCAUUCAAGGAUCGAGAACAUCUCUUUUUUCGCGAUCUCUGCCCGUGUACUAUUGUUACGAUGUAUCGCGUGCUCGCGCAGGACUCACCUUGGAUAUCUUUCGGUUUCGAGGACGUCGGGUAUUGCGUUCUUCGGGUUAAUUAGAUCGCUACGCAACCUUCUAGUCUUAUUUCGAACUCACUUGACAUUUUCAGCUGAAAAGAACGACAAAGUUCUUUGGUGCUCCUUCUCUUUUAAUAAUUAACAAACCCCGAACGAAAGAUAUCCACGGGAAAUGAAACUAGGUCCUGUCGAUCGGGCGAAAUUAUUUUCAAGCUUCUGGACUCGAAAGAAUUUAUAUUGUUGGCUGUUUAUUUAGCAGGCUGAAAAUUGAGCGCAUCGAACGCGUUCCAUCGUUUUUCUUCAAAAGUAAAAGUAUAAUAAAAGAUUCCGAUUUUUCGACUUUAUAAGUGUAAUCUCAUCCAAAAUACACAGUUGUUCGUGUCGAUCGAGCUGUUGGAACGCGUCUCGCUCACUUUCCGCCGGUAUUUGUAUAUUCUGUUAUUAUUAGAGCUACGAAUAGAUGCGUUUUUUAACGAGAAGAGCAUAUAAACGUUGGUUGAUUCGCACGCGAGGCCAAGCUACCCAUUUUCAGCUUCGCCGUGUCACUCGACCAAUGUUUGUAUGCGAGCAACCAGGACGGUCCUUUGUAAUAUUCUGUACAGUUUAUUAAGUGUAACGCGUUGUUCGUGCGGCCGUGCCGCGUCGGCCACGGUCGACGUUUAUUUAUUUUUUUAUUUAAUUGUACAGAGAGCGAAUUUACUUGCCGCGUCGACACAGUACGUUCGUCUCGUCAAGAUAGGCGAGUAAGGCCGCUUUACGUUUCGCGCGAGUCACGUUCGCGAAGUGCACGUUCGGUUUCUUGAUGCAUGCUUCGCCGCUUACUACGGGGGACACUUGUCGUUGCGACGCUCGUCGACACAACCAGCCGCGAUUCCAUCGAUUUAUACGCGAUCCAUCCUACCUGCAAAAGAUAUACGUGCUUCCGUUUCGACGCGUACCGAUUUAAAGGGGUGCUUCUUAGGUCCGUUGAAUGUAAUCGUUAUCAAUCGAUCGUUAUCUAUUCGUAUCCUUCGAAGCAUCGUAAUGUAAUGGAAAGGGAUUGUUCGAACGUGUUUUUUCACGGUUGGAAUCAAUGAAGGGAAUAAGCGAUAAACCACGUACUCUUUUCACGAAUCUGAAAGCGAUCCACGGAUCGGUUAUUGUUUCCCGUUAGAUCGACUGAAAUUUUUAAAGCUAUUUUCCCCCGGUACACUGUUUCUCUCACCUGUUCGCUCGGGGAAUAAGAGCGAUCCGCGAGUAAUUUAUUCGACGUUCUUUCUUCUCUCGCGCUUUUAAUUAAACCGAAUUCGAUAAUUGAAACUCGCGAUGCCCGGUUUAAUUUGAUUCCAUUCUUGACUCGCGUUAAUUUAUCCGCGCUCGACACUCCGUGCAUUCGGUUAAGUCUUCGAAGCACCACUUUAAUUAUUGAAAAAAAGAGAACGAGAGAAAGAGAGAGCGAGCGAGUGAGUGAGUGAGGGGUUGAAUGAUUGGAGUAGGAAAUAAGAAAAGAGAAGAAGGAAGAAAAAAAAAAAUUAUAUGCAUGAUGGCGUGCAA